ACAUGAAUGUAUAAUUUAUGUACACUGUAAUAAAAAAUAUUUUGCUCAAAAACAAAAAAAAAAAAUGUUAUAAAGCCAAGAAAAGUAAAUCAACAAAUCUGUAAACGAAGUAUACGAUUCAAUGCAAUUAUUAAAUUAAACUAAAAAUUAAAAAACAAAAAUAUUAGACACUAAUCUUCGUCUGACAUACGAGAAAAAGUAUUUAAACCACACAAAUUAUUAUACAAAAACAAAAAUUCUAUACCACAAGUACCAAGUGCAAAAAUCAUUAAGAUAAUACAUAUAUACAUAAACCCAUACAUACGUAUAUGUCUAACUUAAUGCCGAUAAAUAUUGUGUCAAAAUUAUUGAAAAUUACAAGACUCGUGGGGUGAACUGACUUCAUUUUGACAUUGGGUGUCAUUUUAUUCUGCAAAUUGAAUUUUAACACCCGUCAAAAUUCAGCAAAACUUAAAAAUGUUGCACGAGGCUUUGAUGCUGGAGAUCUACAGACAGGCUCUAAAUGCUGGCGCAUUACCCACUGCACGUCCACGUUCCACAGAAUCGGCAAAUUCUAGUGAGCGCUGUCCCUCACACGAUUCCAAUUCCUCCGAUAAUGGCGGCAGUAAUGGCGGUCAGCGAGAUGCUUCUAAUCCAUCUUCGUCCUCAGGAAUAGUUCCUGCCGCCGUGCCCACCACAUUGCAUUCAACAUUCCCAGCGGUGCCGCAAUCUCUGCCGGCGCAGCCACCUUCGAUGGAGGCUUACCUACACAUGGUAGCUGCUGCAGCCCAGCAAUAUGGGUUUCCUUUGGCCGCUGCUGCUGCAGCUGGCCCACGGUUGCCCCUUCCUCUGCCAAAUGAGGCUUCUGCGCCAUUUAAGUUACCGCCGCAAGCGUCUCCAACAGCGUCUUCUAGCAACAAUUCGGAGGCCUUAGACUUUCGCACCAAUCUAUUUGCACGGGCAGAAUCUGACGAACCAGCGGCGUCUGAGGAAGAAGAGGAUUUCGAUGAUGGUGCCAAUAAUCCACUUGAUCUCUCUGUGGGAACGCGUAAACGUAGUCAUGAGCCAGAGGCUACGGGACAACUUGGACAAAUUCAGGUGAAGAAAAUGUUCAAAUCUGACAGUCCUCCGGCCAAUCCAGCUCCUCUUUUGCCUGGCGUUAAUCCCUAUUUGGCUGCAGUGGCGGCAGCAAACAUUUUUCGAGCCGGGCAAUUUCCAGAUUGGAAUGGCAAAAGUGAUCUGGUGGUAGAUCCUUUGGAGAAGAUGUCUGAUAUUGUCAAAAGCGGAACUGGGGUAGCACCUCAUAAGGAUAAAACACAAUCGGUCAAGGCAGCGCUACCAACAACAGCAGGCCCGCCUCCUUCGAAGAGUCCAGCGCAACCUCAAAGUGCUGUUUCAGAAGUGGGUGGAGGUACAAGUGGCGGGAGUGUCACCAAAGCUCGUCACAACAUAUGGCAGUCUCAUUGGCAAAACAAGGGCGUCGCCAGCUCGGUAUUCCGCUGUGUUUGGUGUAAACAAAGCUUCCCGACUCUUGAGGCUUUAACGGUUCACAUGAAGGACAGCAAACACUGCGGUGUUAAUGUGCCACCAUUUGGCAAUUUACCCAGCAACAACUCGAGCCAACAUCCAGCUGCUCCACCACCACCCCCAACGCAUAACCUGCGGAAGCACGGCGGUGGUGGUACAUCCCACUCGAAUCAUUCACCAUCCGCAAAUGUAAAAAAUGCGUUUCAGUAUCGUGGUGAUCCACCAACGCCGCUUCCAAGAAAGUUGGUGCGAGGUCAAAAUGUAUGGCUUGGCAAGGGAGUGGAGCAGGCCAUGCAGAUACUUAAGUGUAUGCGAUGCGGUGAGAGUUUCCGAUCGCUGGGAGAGAUGACAAAGCAUAUGCAAGAGACUCAGCACUACACCAACAUACUUUCUCAGGAACAGAGUAUUUCCAUUAAAUCUGCCAAUGCCAAUGCCGGUUCCGAACACAAGGACAACCAGGGCAGCCUUAGUUCGGAGGAGAGUCGCACUCUUAGUGCCGUGCUCACAUGCAAAGUUUGCGACAAAGCUUUUAGUUCUUUGGGCGAUCUUAGUAAUCAUAUGGCGAAAAACAACCAUUAUGCCGAGCCGUUGCUCCAGUCUGCGGGAGCCCGUAAGCGUCCAGCACCCAAAAAACGGGAAAAAUCGCUACCCGUAAGAAAACUGCUUGAAAUGAAGGGCAGUGCCACGCAGGAUGAACUGACUUUAAGUUCCGAAAAAUCUGCGGUACCGCCUGGUAAGCCUGGAUUGGGACCUGGAGGAGGUGACAAGUCUGACGCUGCGUUAUUCGCCGAACGUAUGAGGCAAUACAUUACAGGGGUUAAGUCACCUGAAGAGGUGGCCAAAGCUGCGGCGACACAGCUGCUGACCAAACAAAAUAAGUCCCCGGAUUUGAUCGAACAGAAAAAUGGAAACCAAGCCAAACCCGGAGCAUCAUCGGUUUUAAGUGCCAUCGAACAGAUGUUCACUACCAGCUUUGAUACACCAGCUCAGAGGCACGCCAGUUUGCCUGCCAGCAGCCCCUCCAAUUCGUCCACUAAGAACACUUCCCCAGUGGCCUCUAGUAUACUGAAGCGUUUAGGCAUCGAUGAGACUGUAGAUUACAAUAAGCCGCUAAUUGAUACGAAUGAUCCGUACUUCCAGCACUAUCGUUACACCAGCAGCGAGCGCAGUGGAAGUGAGUGUAGUGCUGAAGCAACUAGGCCGCGAUUGGAUGCUCCUACGCCAGAAAAGCAACAGGCUCUAUGCGCCGUUAACGAGGAAGACUCUAAGCCUGUAAACAUGAAGCAAGAAUCAUUACAGGCUCAAGAACCUACCAUCAAGAUGGAGAUCAAGUCUGAGCUCAGCGAUGAGCAGAACAGCGAGUUGGUGACUCAUAGUGACUCUCGCGCUCAAUCACCUAAAAGGGAGACAAUGGUUAAUGGUACCUACACAAUUAGCAGCAACAAUAACAACAACAAUAAUGUUGAACGCAAUUCACCGAAAACCACAUCUGCAGCAACCAGUCCCCAGUCACGAGUCCCUCAUCAUCCUCCACGGAGUCCAACCGAUAGUCAACGUUCUAUCACACCCAAAUCGCCCGUUUCCAGUCACAAAUCCUUCGAUGGCAGCGACACAAACAGUAAAAAGUAUCCAAGUGAUUCCUUGAAUGCUCUGUCUUCCAUGUUUGAUUCUUUGGGCAGUAGUAGCGGCGCUGGAGCAGCCAAUACACGAGCUAAAUUGUCUGCUGCCGCUGCAUCUGCUACCGCUGGUCCAAGUGCAAAUCCUGACUCACCGGAAAAUCUUAGCGCCAGCAACUCCCUGGCUGCAUUGCGUCAGUUCUGCGUCAAGAAAGAGAAGACCGCCUAAGCUUCGACUGCAAUCAAAUCGCACCAAACCGCUCUUGUUUGCCUUUUUUGUUGUUUCGAACAAAAGCAUUUUCAACUUUUUGUUUGCCUCAUUCAGCGGCCGAGCUCAAAACCUAUCCUCCAGGGGGUUGGGCGAUAUCAACUGAGGCGACCGUUGAUUUUAAGUCAAAAUGCCAAAAAUCCACCACUACAAGAUGGCGGCGGCAUGACGACCACUUUGUACAAAGACAAAAAGACACCACCGAAGUUGACAUACGGUGUUACUAUGAUGAUAAAUGAUGAAAGAUGGAUGACAAUUCAGUUUAAGCUCCUGGCGCAAGUUCUGGUUGUUAUUUUUACAUAGGAAUCAUGUUGCGUCCCGCAUGCUCCUCUGCGGCAUCCAUGAAGGUCAAAUAUCUCAAGGACAUAGAAAACUAAAUUCUUUGAAAGACUUUGGCUUCACGACUGAUAAGUCAUUAGAACCAAAUUAAAUUUUAAAAGAAAGAUGAAGAAAAGCCCUUCUUAGGGCUGCCAUAUGCCUAGGCAAAGAGUUAUUGAAUUCGAAAAUAAAAUGUGAUCAAAUAAAUUAAUUUUUAUUGAAUUAACAUGA